GUGGAGCAUACAGGUAGAGAAAGCAGCUGCCCCACAUCUACCCUGGCUGUUUGGAGCCGUGGCAGCCAAUGGACGGCAACAACGUCACCAGCCCAGGAUUCCCCAAAGACCCAUCGCCCCGUCGUUGCCAGUUGGGAUCUAGUCUUGGGGGUGAGGAGGCGAGCUGGUCCUAUGUGCUUCGUGUACCAAAGAAUCCCCUUUCCAUCAAAACCUGAGCUCUCAGCCUUGCAUUAAGAUGGGAGACACCAAACUAUCCUCGUUGUCCACCUAUGGACUGCAGUGGUGUUUCAAGCAGCUAGGCAAAGAAGAGUUUGAGACAUUUAAGGAAUGGCUCAAGGAAACCACGUCAGAACUUGCAACGUGCUCUUUCCCGCUGGCCGAAGUGGAUGAUGCCAAUUCAGAGCAUCUCACCUCCCUCUUGCACGAGCAUUACAAAGACUCUUUUGCCUGGAAGAUCUCCAUCGACAUCUUUGAAAAGAUGCACCUGUCUGCACUCUCUGAGGUGGCAAGGGAUGAGAUGAAAAAAUAUUUUCUGGCUGAAAUAGCAGAAGAUUCUAUACCAGCAAAGACUGACCAAGGUCCAAGCCUGGAAGAAGUGCCAGGCCACAGAGAUGACCAACAGAACUACAGGACACAUGUGAUGACAAGAUUCUCCCCGGAGCUGGACACACCCGUGGGCGGUUCAGAGCAUUUUGCCUUUGACCGUCGAGAGACACACUUGCUGUCGGGGGCUUUUAGCCCAGACCAGGGGGGCUUCAGGCCUCACACGGUGGUUCUGCACGGAAAGCCAGGCGUUGGGAAGUCGGCGUUGGCCAGAAGGAUCCUGCUGUGGUGGGCGCAGGGGAAACUCUACCCGGGCAUGUUCUCCUAUGGCUUUUUUCUCAGGGCCGGAGAGAUGCAGUGGGUGAGGGAGAGCAGCUUGGCAGAGCUCAUCGCCAGGGAGUGGCCAGAGUCCCAGGUGUCCGUGGAGGAGAUCUUGUCCCAACCAGAAAGGCUCUUGUUGGUGGUGGACGGGUGCGAGAACCUGGACCUGGCCCUCGAAGACGAUGACUCGCAUCUCUGUGGCGACUGGGCAGAAAAGCAGCCCACGUCCCUCCUGCUGCACCGUCUGCUAAACAAAAUCUUGCUUCCUGAGUGCUCCCUGAUCAUCACGGUCAGAGACGGGGGCAUAGAGAAGCUCCAGCCCCUGCUUCUGUCUCCCCGUUACCUGUUGGUGGAGGGACUCUCGGUGCAGAAAAGGAUGCAGGUGCUUCUCGCGCAUGGGAAGCGUGACCAUCCACAGGGGCCAGCCUGGUUGCGCUCGGUAGUGGACAACCAUGAACUGUGGGACAAGUGCCAGGCGUCCGCCGCAUGCUCGCUCAUCGGCAAGGCUCUGAAGCUGCAGGAGGCUCCAGGGAAGAGCCUUCCCGCUUGCCAGACCCUCACGGCCUUGUAUGCCACGUUCCUGUUCCAUCAGCUCACCCCAAAAGAUGCAUCCCGGUGCUGUCUGAGUCAGGAAGAGAGAGCCACCCUGAAGGGCUUGUGCAGGCUGGCGGUGGAGGGCAUGUGGGAGACCAAGUUUGUGUUCCCCAGUGAGGACCUGGCCAUGCACGGGCUGAAGGAGCCCGAGCUCUCGGCCCUGGUUCAUGGGAGCAUCCUGGUCCAGGACACCCGCAGCCAGAAGUGCUAUGCCUUCCUGCACCUGAGCCUCCAGGAGUUCUGUGCUGCCUUGUACUACAUCCUGGAAGGCUUGGAAACCAAGCACGACCCCUUCCCUCUGUUCACUGGGAACAUGAAGAGUUUGAUGGAACUCAAACAAAUCGACUUCAGCGUCUACCUGGUCCAGGUGAAGAGGUUCUUGUUUGGCCUCGUGAGUGAAGGCAUGACGGGGACACUGGAAGCCCUUCUUGGAUGUCCUGUCCCCCUGGUGGCAAAGCAGGGGCUUCUCCACUGGAUCUCUUUGCUGGGCCAACACGCUGACACCAUCACCCCACUAGACUUCCUUGACGCCUUCCACUGCCUUUUCGAGACCCAAGACGAGGAGCUGGUUCACGUGGCGCUGACCGGCCUCCAGGAAGUGUGGCUUCCGGUACACCGGGCGAUGGACUUCAUAGUGUCUUCUUUCUGUCUCCAGCAUGGCCGGGAUGUACAGAAAAUCCGGUUGGAUGUCAGAGGGAUCCCAAAGGAUGAAGGUGCUGAGGCGUGGUCCAGGGCGCCCCACGGGCUGCAGAUCAAGACCCUUGAUGAACACUGGGAAGAUCUCUGCUCUGUGCUCAGCACCCACCCAAACCUCCAACAUCUCGACCUGAGUGGCAGCAUCUUGAGUGAACAGGCCAUGAAGACCCUCUGUAUUAAGCUGAGGCAACCAACUUGUAAAAUAAAGAAUCUCAUAUUUAAAAGUGCCCAGGUGACCCCCGGUCUCCGUCACCUCUGGGUAACGCUCGUUAUCAAUCGUAAGAUUAAAUACCUGGACCUGGAAAGCACUCGCCUGAAGGAGGAAGACGUUGUGAUGGCUUGUGAAGCCAUAAAGCACCCCAACUGCCAGCUGGAGUCUCUGAGGUUGGAUCGCUGCGGAUUAACCCACAGCUCUUGUCUGGCGCUUUCCCAAGUCCUUGUUACAUCCGUCAGCCUGAAGUCCCUCAGCCUGGCAGGAAACAAGGUGACAGACCCGAGCAUAAAGCCACUCUGCGAUGCCCUGAGGUCUACACAGUGCACUCUGCAGAAGCUGAUACUCGGGGACUGUGGCCUCACAGCUGCUGACAGCCAGGAUCUGGCCUCAGCCCUCACCAAGAACCAGAGCUUGACACACCUGUACCUGGCCAGCAACAGCCUGGGGAGCGAAGGCGUGAACCUGUUGGGUCGAGCCAUGAAACUUCCCAACUGCAGUCUGCAGAGGCUGAUACUGAAUGCCUGCAACCUGGAUGUGGCUGGCUGUGGCUUCCUUGCAUUUGCACUUAUGGGCAACCGACGCCUGACGCAUCUGAGCCUCAGCGUGAACCCCUUGGAGGAUGACGGGAUGAAGCUUCUGUGUGAGGUCAUGAUGGAGCCGUCGUGCCAUCUCCAGGACCUCGAACUGGUGAAGUGCCAGCUCACUGCCACUUGCUGCAAGAGCCUGUCCCACGUGAUCACAAGAAAUAAACACCUGCAGAGCCUGGACCUUGCCGCCAACGCCCUGGGCGACAAUGGGAUCGAAGUGCUGUGUGAGGGACUGAAGCAGAAGAAUUCUCUGAGGAGACUUGGGCUGGAGGCGUGUGAGCUGACCUCGGGUUGCUGUGAGGCCCUCUCCUCCGCCCUCUCUGGCAGUGAGCACCUGACGAGCCUGAACUUGAUGCAGAAUAAUUUCAGUCUUGGAGGAAUGACAAAGCUGUGCUCAGCCUUCGCACAGCCCACCUGUGAUCUACAGAUGCUUGGGCUGUGGAAAUGGCAGUAUCCCGCUCAAAUGAGAAGGCUUCUGGAGGAGCUGCAGCGACUCAAGCCACAGAUGGUUAUUGGUGACCAUUGGUAUUCUUUUGCUGAAGAUGACAGAUACUGGUGGAAAAACUGAACCCAAGGAAGCCCUCCUACCCACACCCAUUCUGAUGGAGGAAACUUAAAAUCUGUCUUCCGGGGCCAGCUCUGCCCAGUUCUUCCUCAAAGGAGGGCAAUGAGUUCCAGUUCACAAAAAGCUCUCAGAGACAGUGAUACUCACGUGUCCACUUGACCUUGGUCACUGCAUGUGUCUCUGAUGCAGGUGUGAUCUUCAAGUCAUGCCCUCAGUACGUAUGAGACAUCUGUCCUACCCAGGGGCUUGGGAAGAGAAUCAAAUAAACACUAAGCAUUUGGAAAAAGCAUUAGGUCACCGUCCUGAUCAUUGGGGGUGUGGCACUAAAGCCCUGGACGUACUCAGUCAUUAAAAAAAGAACAAAAUAUUGCCAUCUGCAGCAACAUGGUUACAACUAGAGAUUCUCAUGCUAAGGGAAGCCCGAAAGAGAAAUAGCAUAUGACAUCACUCACACGUGGAGUCUAAAAUAUGGCACAAAUGAGCCUAUCGUCAUAAACAGACCCACAAACAUAGAGAACAGACUUGUGGUUGCCAAGGGGGAGGCGGGAGGGAGUGGGAUGGACCUGGAGUUGGGGGAUAGUAGAUAGAAACUAUGCCAUUUCGAAGAGAAAAGCAAUGACAUCCUGGUGUACAGCACAGAGAACUCUAUCCAGUCUCCUGGGAUAGACCAUGAGGGGAAAAAAACUGUCAAAAAUUAUGUAUAGGGAGUUCCCUAGUGGUUCAGGGGGGUAAGGACCUGGCAUUGUCACUGCAGCGGCUUGGGUUGUGGCUGUGGCACGGGUUCAGUCUCUGGCCUGAGAACUUCCACAUGCAGCAGAUGCAGGAAUAAAAAAAGAUGAGUGGUUUCCAUGGGCUGAGAGAGUCGAGCAGGUGAAGCGCAGUGUUUUCAGGGGGGUGAGACAACUCUGCUUGGUACCAUAAUGACAGAUGGCUGUUACUACACUUUUGCCCAAGCCUACGGAAUGUACCACCACCAAGAAUGAGCCCCCAGGUGAGCUCUAGGCUCUGGGGGAUGAGGAGGGGUCCGUGUAGGUUUAAUUGUAGCAAAUGUCCUGCUCUGGUGUGUGGGAAGUGGGGGUCCGCUGGGCGGGGGAGGCUGUGCGUGGGGGUGGGAAGGUUGUAUGAGGAGCCUCUGCCUUCUGCCCGACUUUGCCAUGAGCCCAGAGUGACUCGAAAAAAGAAAGUCGACUUAAAAAAGUAUAGCUGCAGAGGUCCUAAAUUCUUGGUGAAAACAAAUAGUAGAGUCUGGGCUCCUGUGGCCUGGGUAUGCCCGUGUCUGCCAAAUUUAUUUUCUUCAGUUCUUUUCCCCACAUCAUUAGGGACCAUGAUUGAAAGCUGAGGGCGGGGGGAGAGGGAGAGAGAAGAAUCCAGAAAGCUAAUUUUUAAAAAGCUCCUUCUGCGACUGUUAGGGACUAAAUGCUGGUGCCCUCCCUACCUACAUAUACUGAAGUCCCACCAUCAACAUGAUGGCCUUGGGAGGUGCAGCCUUUGGGGGUGAUUCAGAUUGGGUAAGGUCAUGAGGAGGUCACUUAGACUUUUCUAUAAAGGAGAAAAUGUAAUGCAGUCUAGGAUAUUUUACUGUUAAUUUUUUGUUUUGGGGUGGGGGUGGUUACGUAAAUCUCGGCCACACCUGUGGCAUGUGAAAGUUCCUGGGGUGGGGAUCGAACCCAUGCCACAGCAGCGACCCAAGCCACAGCGGUGACACCAGCUCCCUAGCCUGCUGUGCCACAAGAGAACUCUUUUGUUACUUUUCGGUGAAACAAUUUUACCAAGUAUAAAAAAUGGUUAGUUUACACUGUGUGCAUUUUGCUUCAAUAAACAAAAAACAGGCUCUAGUGCAGACCUAUGUAUUAAGUGAUAAGCUGAAUGAUAGACUGUACUACUUACUCUUCAUCCUAAAAUGUCAUCCUUUCACAACGCCGAGCUGUUCUCAAGAAUCCAGAUGGCGGUGGCAGAGACCAGCAUUUUCCUAGAGGCCCCUGUCCCCCUCGGAGCAGGGAGUUCCCGUGCCAGGUUGCUGAGAGCAUUUCUGCAUGGCAGAGUCGACACCCAGAAGGCUGUGGCUAAACUGUCCUGGAUUUACCUAACACUGGGGAAUGCAGCUGAGGAGAGGGAGGGGCCCUGAGCUCCAAGACCAGACAGGCAGGUGGAGAAGCUGUGGGACUAGAUGGGGCUCUGGGCAGCUUUUCCAUCCCACUGGGAACCACCGUACAGCAACAGAUCUUGGGCAGGUGGCUUCACGUAACAAAUACACAAAAUCUGGAGCUCCCUGGUGGCCUAGAAGGUUAAGGACCUGACAUUGUCACUGCUGUGGUGCGGAUUCAGUCUCUGGCCCAGGAACUUCUGCAUGCCACAGGUGCAGCCAAAAAAAAAAAAAAGAAAGAAGAAAAAGGUACACAGAUGACAGAUAUAGAUACGGAGAUAGGCACAUACAUACAAACACAGGCAAGUGGCAGAACAGAGUGCGUGUUCCGCUCUCAUUCGACGGAUUAGUUUUAAAGGCACUCAUGUGUCACUGAGGGUCGAAAAGGACCGUGUCGGAUGAGGGAGGCACGUGGAGGAAUAAGAAAUCUGGGAACCGCUGCAAGAGAUGCACUAAGCAACCUCUUCCUCCGGGUCUCUAUUCUCCUGUUAAAAAUCUCAUUUGUGACCAAAUGUAUCCGCUCCUGACACAGAUCCCCUAGCACAGCCACAAUCGGUCCUAAUUGCUUCAUCCAUCAAAACUGUCUUUUCUCUUUGCUCACUGGCGGCCGCAUCUAUUUGACAGGCGUUCCAUGGACUACAGCCCCGUGUUGAGUGUGGGCAUUCAGGUCACGCUGUUAAGCUCUGCGACCUACUAGCUGGGAGAGUCUAGGGAAAACCAGCUCCCCUCAGCCUCUGCUUCCUUAUCUGUAAAGGGUAAGGUGUGCUACGCCUCAUGAGAUGCGAGGGGGCUUUAGAAGUGACGCCUGUGGCUGGAAGCUGGGCUCCACGACCCACGCGCUGGCGGUGAGCUCUGUCCGUGGUGCUGAAGGACCUGACCGGGGGCUGAGGAGGUGGGGGAUGUGUGGAUAGACUUCCCCCCCAUCAGGCAGGAGAGGAAGGGAAAUCGAAGGGGCCAGAAAAAAACCGCUCCCCCCCCCGCCCCAACCUCCUUGGGAGUAAGGGAAAGGAAAAGGCGAGUGAGGAAUAACACGACUACACAGAGACACACAUGCACAUACACAAUACAAAGACACAGAGACACACGUUCGCACACACACGCUCACACACACCACAGUCACUUCUCUCAGGAUGACCUGCAGCUCCCCAGCCCCAAGACGCUCUAUGAAUGGCAGGUGUCCUGACCACCCAAGUUCAGGCGAUGUGGGGCGGUAUGGCCAACCCCCGAGCUCCACCUCCACAGCGAAACCCCCCGAAGGAAAACAAAAGAGUGUGUUCGAAACUUGGCCCCUACCAUGUGCCCAGCACUGUUCUCUGCACUAGGAGACUUCUGACCCCAGGCACCCGUCUUCCCCGGAACCAACACCCUCCGGGACACACUUGGGGACCUUCGCGAAGUGACUUGCUGCCUCCCAUCCGUCGGUUUGCCCGUGAAGACGGGGGCGGGGCUGGGCGCUGAAUCCGACAUGCACCCCCUCGUGCCAGUUCAUGCCUGAGACAGCAGCCAGCAGAGCCACAAGUGGGUGGAGGUUCCGGAAAAGACUCCCCCAGCUGCCCUCGGGAGCAAGUCCCUCGUCACCCCCAGCACCUGUGCGCUUCCUGUGCCCCUUAGGUAAGAGCCCUGAGGGGAUCACCAAAAACCACACUCUUUGGGUUGGAAUUGGCCGAUCCCACCCUGGCCCAGCAACCCGCAAAGCAUUCCCACCGCGGACCCUAACAAAGGAAAGAGCCCAGGUCCUGCCUCUCUGUCUGCACCCUUUGACCUCCCCCAUCCCACCCCCCUGCUGCUUCCCCUGGACCUGGGAGUUUUCAGCUGCUCUAGUUCAGUUUCUCUCUUGGUCUAUUGAUGAGCCUUGCCUCCUAUCUGGCGCCUUGUCCUCCACUUUAAAAGCACUCCUUCGUUCCCUGGUGGUCUAGGGGUUAGGACUCAGCACGUUCACCGCUGCAGCCCAGCUUCAGUCCAAGCCCUGGUCUCAGAACUGAGCCCUCACAUCAAGCCGCUGCAUGCUGCAGGGGAAAAAAAAAAAAUUAAAGCAUUCCCUUAACAGAGUCACAGCGUGGGGACACAUGGCAGACAUAUACCCUCCCAGAGAAACACUGCCUUCAGCCUGAGAAGCCAGUUGGUAGUGAAGCCCCUUUCUCUCUCCCCACAUCUAUCUGGCUUCCAGGCCCUUGAGACCCCACCUCUCAGAACAACUGUCCAUUCCACCCUCCCACCACAGGCUCUUGGCAGAAUCCGCCCGGCCAUCCUCACGGGAGGCAAGCUCCAGGGGGCAGACUGCGCCUGUGUUGUCUAUGAUGCAUCCCUGCAGUGGAAGAAGCACCAGCGUUGGGGCUUUGGGUUCAGAUCUCAGUUCUGCCCCUUUGCAAACUGCGGUCUUUGGCAAACUGCACUGUCUCCUGGUACAGGCAGACCUCAUUUUACUGUGCUUGAAAGAUACUGCAAUUUUCUUUUGACCAUGCCCUCGGCCUGUGGAAGUUCCCAGGCCCAGCAUUGAGCGUGUACCACAGCAGUGACCCAAGCUGCUGCAGUGACACCACCAGAUCCUUAGCCUGCUGUGCCCCAAGAGAACUCCAGACAUUGCAGUUCUCACCAACGGGAGGUCUGCGGCAACCCUGCAUGGAAUCUGUCGGUGCCAUUUCUCCAGCAGCAUUUGCUGACUUCAUGUCUCUGGCUCACAUUUUGGUGAUUCUAGCCCUGUCUCUAACUUCAUCAUUAUGUCUGUGAUGCUGAGCUGUGACCCGUGAGCUGUGGCAUUAUGGCCACGACUCAUCAAAGGCUCAGAUGACAGCAUUUUGUAAACACUAAGGUACUUUUUAAUUGAGGUAUGUGUGUUGUUUUUCAAACAUAAGGCUACUGCACACUUAAGAGACUACAGAAUAGUGUACAACAUAUAACUUUCUCUGUCUUUUUUGGCCGCCCCCAGGCAUAUGGAGUUCUUGAGCCAGGGAUCAGAUCCAACCCGCAGUCUCAACCUAAGCCACCACGACAGCAAUGCCAGAUCCUUAACCCACUGUGCCAGGCUGGGGAUCGAACCUGCACCCCAGAGCUCCCAAGGUGCCGUCGAUCCCGUUGCACCACAGCAGGAACUCCACAUAACUUUUAUAUCCAUUGGAAAACCAAAAAAAAAAUUUGUGCGACUCGCUUUAUUGCAAUAUUCACUUUAUUGCCGUGGCCUGGAACUGAGCCCACAAUACCCCCAAGGUAUGUCUGUACCGGUUUCACCAGCAAAGGUCUUUGUGCCAACAUCAGCAAUAAAGAAACAACUGCAAAUGUACUUCCCACUCCUGCUACCACUGUGGGUCACGAGGUUGGAGAGCUGGCCCACGUUGCUUGCCCUGGACUUAAUCGCCUUCACAGUGGGGGAGCAGCUGCUAGAGAGAAUUAUGCCAAGGACGCAGGGGCAAGUUCCCUGAGAAAAGCACAUGCAUUUCUUUCUUUGCCUGAAUGCACCAAGCAUCUGAUGAGUAUUUGUUGGGCGAAUGAGGGAGAGGUGAGCGAAUGAAUACACGAGACACGAGGCUCCGCCGGACGUCGAGUGCCUGGUCCAGGGGAGGCUGGGGUUUUUCCAGUGCUGUCCACCCGCACGGCUGGAAUUCCACUGCUCGUUCCCAGUGGAAAUAGUACACUGUCAAGACACUGAGGAUCCCUGGGGGCAGGUCCCAGGCAUCUGCCUGCUCCGCAAUGCCCCCUUCACCCUUAUGUCAGUCAAAGCGCAAGAGCGGGGAUCCGAACGCAGAGCAGGGGUUCCCGUUUCCCCUCCAUUCCCAGUGGAGAGAUAGCUGGGCUUCCUUCAGCAUCAGGAGUCUGUUUAUUCUGGAACACCAGGCCUCUCACCAGGGCGUCAUCAAAAUCACCAAGACAAAAA